AUGGACAAGGUGGAGUUCAUCAGUGAUGCCAAGCCAACAAUGAAGUCCCUUGUGGCGAGUGUGCAAUUGAUGCGGCAGCACCUUGGGUAUCCCACGGUGAUCACGCACUCGAGGUUCUACAACCACACUACAACGAAGAUGAGCCCCUUCGAGUUGGUCUUUGGGAAGGAGAUAUUUUGGAAAGUUCUGCUGCUGCAUCGCAGGGGAACCAAUGUCAAGCUUGGACCUCAAUGGGUACCGGGGAUUUGGCUCACCAAGACUGAUGGUGAUGAUCUGCACGUUGUGGCAAGUCCCAAUGGGAUUCUACGUGGAAAAGCAAUUCGAAGGCUGAUGGCUCUUUAUGGUCAAGGAGAAGCCCUACAAGCAUGUCUCAUCUCGCAGAGCCAACCUGAAGCACUUGAACUUUGGUGCUCCAACUACACACAGGCCAGUGGUGGAGAAACAUCCUAUACCGUCCCAGAGGAUGAAGUGGAAUAUGAUGUGGAUGCUCGAGAUGUUCGAGAAUAUGCCCGCACUCAUCCACCAAGCCCAGUCAGCGAUUUGGAUCUGACUGGCUUUGGAGUUGGAAAACAUGAAGCAGCACCAGAAGACUUUCCUCCCAACAAGUCUGCUCGACAUGGAGAUCAAGAAGAAGUACCAGGUGCUGAAACUUUGGCGGAUGACACUGCAAGUGCUGUGACUGCAGGUGAGCUAGCUUCUUUGGAUGAAGCUGCUGGGUAUGAGGAGAUCACUCGACUUCUUGAGAUGACUGUCCUCCAAGAGCCAACAGCUGAAGACUUGGAGGAAGAAUUGGACUUUGAGAAUAGCCUGCUGCCCAGCCUAUUUAGGCACAAGACCAAGAAGGUGAUUCUCUGCUCACAUGUGGAUGAUAUGGUGCUCUGUGGAGAACGAGGUGAAUUGGAAUGGCUCAUUGAAGAGUUGAAAAGGAGGAUGACUCUUCGAGGUGGUGACGUCCUACCCUCUGCAGAUCAUGAUGAGCAAGAGCCCAUUCGUUUCCUCAAGAAGAGACACUUCUUCACCAAGGCGGGGAUUGUGAUCAGGAAACUGUAUGGCUUGGAAGCCAGAAAACCAAGGACAACACCGGACAUCAAUGGCGCGGUGUAUGACGCCAAAGAGUUGGAUGAGAAAGGCAAGUACAAGUUCAGGUCAGCAAUGCGUGCACUUUUGUACCUAAGAACACCUGACCUCGGUGUCUUACCGCUUUUCCGAGUUCCUGGGAAAAGCAAACUGGAUGAAGUACGAGGUGGCUCUAGUUCUGUGGAGCAAGAGAAGGAGCUGGUGGAGGCAUUCACAGAUGCCGAUUGGGAUGGAGAUAAGUCAACACGUGCAAGGCAACGACAUUCAGUGUCAUCAGCCCUGAUCUUUGUGGACAACAGGUGCCGAGCCUUUGCACAACGGCAAGGUGUGGGAAGGAUGAAGCACAUUGAUGCCAAGUAUCUAUGGGUUGAGAGCAAGGUGAAAGCUGGUGAUUUGGAGAUGGACGGAGUGGCCACAGUCCUCAACGUGGCCGACAUCAACACGAAGAAACUCACCAAGGCCCGUCGAUCAUUCCUCAUGUAUUUGAUUGGCCUGGUGGAGUACGACACUGUGAGCAAGAUGUAUGUCCCGGCAGGUGAGGAUGAGUUCAACAUCUACAUGCGGAAGAAGUACAUGGGCCAGAGUAUGAAGACAGUUCGACGAGCGAUGACCCUACUUGCUCUUCAACCAGUGGCAAGUGGAGCCCACACGGACGAGCUCAACUACAACUUCAUGGUCAAGAACUUUGGGUACAUCGAGCUCUUCUUGGAGGUCAUUUUCAACAGGCGGGAGAUUGGCUUCAUCGACGAUUGGGAUCCGGAGCGGCACGAAUUGAGACAAUUCAGUGUGCUUCGCUCGGUGGAUGACGCCGAAUCCGGCGAAGAGUAUUUCCGUGAGGUGGAAGGUGGCAUGGCACCCUUCGUGAAGCUGGACAGGCGCCGCAGAUUGCGGCAUGGAUUUGCCGAAAUCGAACGCCUACACGCCUACACGCUCUCAGAUGGAGAAGGAGCCGAAGAAGAAGAAGCAAUGGAAGUGGACGAAGAGACGCAACCGCCCGUCGCAGCCGUCUCAGCAGCGAUGGCGCAUGGACAAGCAGAACAUGAGCCCGGAGCUACGCGGAUUGCAGCUGGUGGAUUGGCGAAUGAUGGUCUGCGAGAUGCCAGAUCGGAGUCGCGACCCACGAAUACCUUUCGCUUCCUGGUUCGCCCCAUUCGGACCAUGACCCGGUUGCGCUGCCUCUUCAAGAUGUGGACUGGGAUGACCUGGACGAGAUCCUGA